AUGCCUUUGCCUAGCCAUCAACAUGGGGCCUCGGUUCCUGCUUCCGGCGAGUGUACGAUCGCUUGCCCGACAGACAUGGAGGCUGCGCUCGGCGCCAACGCCGUGCGAUGCGCAGAGAUGGCUGCUUGUGCGAGUCCAAGAAAAGGAAAGACACCUUACGAGCAGGAAUUUGCCAAGCGCGUUGAACAGGCUACAUAUCAGGUCAAGAAGCUCACCACUACCGCCCACAAUGCCAUGAGCAAGCAGCUCUACUCGCAGUCCGGCCUUCAGGAUCUAGUCGGCGCGUUCGGCGAGCUCCUCGAGAAGGUCGCGGCACAGGACAAGCGCAAGCUCAAGCCCAAGGGAGCGGGCUACGAGACUAGGACUAUCAACACCUUUCCGACACCAGCCAUUAUUGUGGUUAAUACUUGGGCCAUGCUAUCCUCCUUGAUCGACGACGUUUAUACCCUCGACCACCACCGCACGUCGCCGCAACUCGCUGUUGACCUGGAGGGCGCAAAAUUCCAACGCAACGGAGACAUUUCUAUCGUCCAGAUCUCCAGCCACGAGCUCGACAGUGUCUACCUCGUCGAUAUCUACACUCUUGGAAAUGCAGUCUUCGAUGUCAAGGGUGCGAAGCAUUCAACUUGCAGUUUGAGAACCAUCCUCGAGUCGACUACCAUCUCCAAGCUGAUGUUCGAUUGCCGUACCGACAACGAUGUGCUCCUCCACACUGCCGGCGUGAGGCUCGCUGGAGUGAUCGACCUGCAGCUCCUGUUCCUUGCGACUCGAACCAAGUCAGGAGAACGCAAGAAGUUGCCGUCGCUCCCAAAAGUCAUCGGAUAUGCGGGUGGACUGCUCAAUACCGACAAGCAUAAGUGGAACUUCGACAAGCACUGGGGCAGAAUCGCGAUGACGACCGGACCCGACGAGGCACUGGAACUCAUAGAGAAGUUCGACGGCGAGUGGAACAAUAGCGAGUGCGGCAAGCUCAGCGGCCAGGAGGAUUACAAGUGGGUCAACCAGCGCCCUAUCUCGAAACUCAUUCAAAAGUACUGCGCUGCUGAUGUGGUCAUGUUACCAGCGGCAUACGAGUACUGCAUCAACCACCGAUUCUGGAACGAGGAGUGGGCUGACCGAGUUGAGAGGGAGAUGAAGUGGCGAUUGGGCAUGGCUGAUGCCGAGGUCUUUGAGCACAACUAUACAGUGCUCCAAGCAGCCCCACCAGGCUGGGAUAAGGUCAAACAGGUCGACAAGACAGAGACUGCAGGGAAAGUCGCCGUGAAGGCAAGCACCGCGACAUUGGUAGGCUGA